CGUCACGUCACGGUCCACCGGUUCGGCUUUGCACUUGCAUGACCAGCGAUGACCAGAGCCUAAAUAAUCAUGAUGAAUUAUGAACUCUCCCCUCUGCUCUUCUCGCCUCUUUUACUCUCCUUCUUGUCCUCUUCCUCUCGUCCUCUUCAUACUUCUUCCUACUACUCCCCAUCUAACAACCAAACCACUACCUUGCAAACCAACUUAUACUACUUACUCUCUCAUACUUCCAAACCUACUCUGCCACACUCAUAACCACACAGACCCGCAGCUUCAACGUUACUCCCCAACUCUAUAAUCAAUACCCGACUUCACCGCUGCUAAGCCCCACCACUCUUUUGAGUUACGGGCUGCAGACGCAGGCAGUCACUAGUAGGCAAUACUAUUAAACGCCUACAUACAUUUAUAGGGCA